UUAAAAAUUAGCAGAACAUUUCGUUAUUUUAUUUUAUUUUUAUUAUAUAAUUCCGGGGACCAGCGAAGCUCUCUAGCAUUCUCAAUUUUUCUUCGUUUUUCUCCCGACGAAAACUAGGACCAGAUAAAACUCUCUACUUUUUGACUUGUACUUCACUUUCUUAGGCUUAUUCGUCGGUGUUUUGCUUUCUGUUUCGGUAACAAGCUUGGAACGAGCCUGAACCAGGAUGGACGGCGACGGCGACGGCUCCGGCAGACUUAUCGGCGCCGAGAUUCAUGGAUUCCAUACCUGGCAAGAUCUUGAUUUCCAGACAAUGUUGGAGGAAGCAAAAAGCAGGUGGCUCCGGCCAAACGAGAUCCACGCAGUACUCUCCAACCCUAAACACUUCACCAUCAAUGUCAAACCAGUGAACUUACCAAAUAGUGGCAGGAUUAUAUUGUUCGAUCGUAAGAUGUUGAGGAACUUCAGAAAAGAUGGCCAUAACUGGAAAAAGAAAAAAGAUGGAAGGACAGUUAAAGAAGCUCACGAACACCUGAAAGUUGGUUACGAGGAACGGAUUCAUGUAUACUACGCGCACGGUGAAGAUAACACUACCUUUGUUCGAAGGUGUUAUUGGUUACUAGAUAAGGCUCGAGAGAACAUCGUCCUUGUACAUUACCGUGAUACUCAGGAGGUUUGUUCUCAACUCACUCUUGUCUUGAAAUGGGAUGAUGCUCUCUUCCGACAUUAUAUAGUCAUGGCAGCUACGACAUCAGGGGAAUCAAACUCUCCAAUCUCUGUCUCUAAUCAUUCAUCCCCAAAGCUUGUGGCACCUGAAGAUAUUGAUUUUAACGCUGAUAACUCUCGUUAUCUAGUAAGAAACAACAGUCGAGUUGUUAGAAAUGACGAGACUAGGCUUCAUGACAUCAAUACGCUUGAUUGGGAUGAGCUGCUAGUACAAACUGGUCUUAACAACCAAUCUGAACCAAUCGUAGAUGAUUUGUCAUACUUCACAGAGCAGCUCCAAAAUCCUGCAAACGGCUCUGCAGAGCAUGUGAAUGUGACAGUGGCUGAUGAAUCUCUUGAUGCUUUGCUUAACAAUGGUCCACACAGCCGAGAGAGUUUUGGACGGUGGAUGAAUUCAUUCAUCGGAGACUCUAAUCAUUCGCUGCAGGAUCCUUCCUUUGAAGCCAUGGCUACACUUGAGCAGGAUCCAAUAGCUCCUCAAGCUUCAUUUCAUCCUCACUCCAACAACGUACCUGAGCAAGUCUUCAACAUAACAGAGGUUUCACCUACUUGGGCCUAUUCGUCAGAGAAAACAAAGAUUCUGGUGACCGGGAUCUUGCACAACAGCUAUCAACAUCUCGGAAGUUCAAACCUUUUCUGCGUUUGCGGCGACUCGUGCGUCCCUGCGGAAUAUGUCCAGGCGGGUGUCUACCGUUGCUUCAUACCUCCGCACUCGCCUGGCAUGGCGAACCUCUAUCUCAGUGCAGACGGGAACAAGCCAAUAAGCCAGUCUUUCAGCUUCGAACACCGUUCAUCCCCAGUUUUUGGUAAGACCGUCGUCCCUGAAGACGAUCAAGAAUCCAAAUGGGAAGAGUUUGAGCUCCAAGUCAGGCUCGCUCAUCUUCUCUUUACCUCUUCCAACAAACUCAACGUUCUCUCGAGCAAGGUCUCGCAUGUAAACCUGCUAGACGCUAAAAAGCUCGCCAGCAAAACUUCUCAUCUCUUAAACAGCUGGGCUUAUCUGAUCAAGUCCGUUCAAGGGAACAAGGUCUCGUUUGAUCAAGCGAAAGAUCAAAUCUUUGAGCUUACUUUAAAGAACAGGGUUAAGGAAUGGCUAAUGGAGAAAGUGCUCGAAGGUCGCACCGCUCUCGACUACGACUCCAAAGGCCUCGGUGUGAUCCACCUCUGUGCCGUUCUUGGAUACACUUGGUCGAUCCAGAUGUUCUCAUUGUCAGGUUUGUCGUUGGAUUUCCGUGAUAAGCAAGGAUGGACUGCUCUUCAUUGGGCAGCAUACUACGGGAAGGAGAAAAUGGUGGCUGCUCUUCUCUCUGCUGGAGCUAAACCGAACUUGGUGACAGACUCGAGAAAGGAUAAUCUCGGCGGAUGCACGGCGGCUGAUCUUGCGCAGCAGAACGGGUUCGAUGGCUUAGCUGCUUAUCUUGCUGAGAAAUGUCUGGUGGCUCAGUUUAUAGACAUGAAAAUCGCCGGAAACAUUAGUGGAAACCUUGAGGCUUGUAAAAGUGAGAUGUCGAACGGAGGCGCUCUCCCCGAUGAUGAGCAGAAUCUCAAGGACGCUCUGGCUGCAUACAGAACAGCCGCAGAGGCAGCGGCUCGGAUCCAGGGAGCGUUUAGGGAAAAGGCGUUGAAGGCGGCGCGGUCAAGCGUGAUCCAGUUUGCCAACAGGGAAGAAGAGGCGAAGAGCAUAAUAGCGGCGAUGAAGAUCCAGAGCGCGUUCCGGAAAUACGAUACGCGCAGGAAGAUUGAAGCGGCUUACCGGAUUCAGUGUAGGUUUCAAACUUGGAAAAUGCGAAGAGAGUUCUUGAAUAUGCGGCGUCAAGCAAUUAGGAUCCAGGCUGCUUUCAGGGGAUUACAGGCAAGGAGGCAGUACAAGAAGAUACUAUGGUCGGUAGGAGUGUUGGAGAAGGCAGUUUUCAGGUGGAGACAAAAGAGAAAAGGGUUAAGAGGACUCCAAGUGAGCCAAGCUGAAGCAGAGGAGGAUCCUCCUGGUGAGGCAGAGGAAGAUUUCUACAAGACGAGCCAGAGACAAGCAGAAGAGAGGCUCGAGAGAUCUGUAGUAAAGGUCCAAGCCAUGUUCAGGUCUAAGAAGGCUCAACAGGAUUACAGGAGGAUGAAACUCACUCAUGAAGAAGCUCAGUUGGAGUACGAGUGCCUGCAAGAUAUUUGAUCAAAAUGGCUAUGGAGAGAGGUGAAUCCAAGAGAAGUUAAUAUUGAUAUGGUGUUGAUCUGUAAAUUAAGUGAACGGAAAAGGCUACUUUCGACGUUCCCCGAAACUGGUUUAAGUAUUACAUAACUAGGCCAAUCUCUGUUUUGGUUGGUGUAUGGCUGGGAAAAUAAGAAACAAAUUUAACGCAUAGUAGAUAGAUACUAGAUAUAGCUAUAUGUCUAGUUCUAUAAUUGGGUUCCUCUGUGACCCGUUCUCUAAAUCUAGACUUUGCACGCUUGUAGAAUACAACUGCUGUAUAAAAGUAUUCCUAAAUUGGAAGUCAUGUCAUGUCUGUAUCUCUUUUGAAGUACAUAAUGGCCAGAAAGUGAUUUCAAUUAUAGAAGAAUCUUCCAAAGUCC